CGCGGGGAGAGAACCGUCCACGGGCUUGCAAUCCCGCAAGAAAAGUGCGCCGCCGCCACCCCUUCCCUCUGCCGGGCUUCCGAGGCGGGAUGGGCGCGGGUCCGCUUCCUGCCAUCCCCACCCAGCUCCUCGCGGGAGGGAGGAGGAAAAGCAGAGGCGGGCAAGGCCCUCCUCCGGAACGACCCGACCUACCAAGCCCAGGGAACCCAAUGAAGAGGCGAAAAAGGGCGCUUCCUCUUCCUGCUCCCUCCCUGGGUGUUGGCGUUGUCUAACGUUUUCUGGCUCCUCCCUGAGGUGCCAAGACCGAGGAGAAGCUGGCUGAGCUCUGAAAAACGACUACUUUUACGAGUCUACCGACUGGGUUGUGAGGAGGAGGGCACGCUUCGCCCCCGGCCGUUUCGCUGGUUCCACGCCGCUUUCCCUUGAAGCUGUAAGGAUGUUUCGCUUCUUGAGGGGCUUCGUGCUCCCGGAGGCGGCUUGUGAAGCGCCCGACGCUCACUCGAGGUACGAGAAUCUCUUCAAGAAGCUAGACCUCAACGAGGACGGCCGCGUGGACAUUGCCGAGCUGCAGGCCGGCCUCCAAGCUUUGGGCAUCCCGCUGGGACACGAGGCGGAGAAGAAAAUUUUUACAGCUGGAGAUACUAACAAAGAUGGCAGACUGGACUUUGAAGAAUUUACACGUUACCUCAAAGACCAUGAGAAGAAAAUGAAAUUGGCAUUCAAGAGUUUGGACAAAAACAAUGAUGGAAAGAUUGAAGCCUCUGAGAUUGUUCAGUCCCUCAAGAUACUGGGUAUAGAUAUUUCAGAGCAACAGGCUGCAAAAAUUCUACAAAGCAUGGAUGCUGAUGGUACAAUGUCAGUAGACUGGAAUGAAUGGCGAGACCAUUUUUUGUUCAAUCCAGCUACAGAUAUUCAGGGGAUUGUCCGCUACUGGAAGCAUUCUACCGUUUUGGAUAUUGGAGAUAGUUUAACUAUUCCAGACGAAUUCACAGAAGAAGAAAAGAAAACUGGCCAGUGGUGGAGGCAGCUUUUGUCAGGCGGGGUCGCUGGUGCUGUCUCUCGGACAGGCACAGCGCCACUGGACCGCCUGAAAGUCAUGAUGCAGGUUCACGGCUCAAAGGGGAAAAUGAACAUAGGAGGUGGUUUGCAGCAGAUGGUGAAAGAAGGAGGAGUCCGCUCAUUGUGGAGGGGUAAUGGUGUCAAUGUUGUCAAAAUUGCACCCGAAACAGCGAUCAAGUUCUGGGCAUAUGAACGGUAUAAGAAAAUGUUCGUCAAUGAAGAAGGGAAGAUAGGAACUAUAGAAAGGUUUAUAUCUGGCUCUCUGGCUGGAGCAACAGCACAAACUUCUAUUUAUCCCAUGGAGGUAUUAAAGACCAGAUUGGCUGUGGGUAAAACAGGGCAAUACUCAGGGAUGUUUGACUGCGCUAAGAAGAUUCUAAGAAGAGAAGGCUUGAAGGCCUUCUACAAAGGUUAUAUUCCCAAUAUUUUGGGCAUUAUACCUUAUGCUGGCAUAGAUUUGGCUGUUUAUGAGGCUCUGAAGAAGGCAUGGCUGGAAAAAUACGCAACAGACUCUGCCAACCCUGGUGUAUUAGUACUGCUAGGAUGUGGUACUUUAUCCAGUACAUGUGGCCAGUUAGCCAGUUAUCCUCUUGCCCUUGUCAGGACUCGAAUGCAGGCUCAAGCCAUGGUAGAAGGCCCUCAGCUAAACAUGGUGGCCCUUUUCCAGAGGAUUCUUGCUAAGGAAGGAAUCCAGGGACUUUAUAGGGGCAUAGCUCCUAACUUCAUGAAGGUGCUUCCUGCCGUCAGCAUCAGUUAUGUGGUGUAUGAAAAGAUGAAAGAGAACUUAGGGAUAGCAUGAAUAAAGCUGUAUGGAAGGGGAAAGAAUGAGACAUUAUCUUGGAAUAUGGGCACCGGACCAAACCUUGAAUGCUAAAUUUGUGUUUACAAUUUGAUACACACCCUGCGUGCAACAAAUAACUCUUUUCUUAACUGAGAAGAAAGCCUACUUAACUGAAACAGCCAUGAGCCUUUAAAAAAACCAAAUACCUUCAGAUCACAAAAUCAUGACAAUCAAGAAAUGUUUCAUUGAGUAUGCAAAAUAAUCUUUUAAACUGAUUCUUCAUUAUAUGGUAUGUUCCUUGUCCCGAUGAGUAUGCAUCAACGUAAGCCAUUAAAAGGCUGAUUAUAUGGAAGCUGAAGUAAAGCAGAAUACAUCUGUUUGUCCACAGUUGUUCUGCAGGUCAGGAAUGAUCUCUGUGGUAGAAAGCUGUUCCUUUUUAAUGGUGUAGUGGAGACUAUUGAUUCAAAUUGGAAAACUCUCCUUGGCAUCUAAAGUCAAAUUAUUGGGGACAUUGGCUGAGAGAAAGAAGAACCUUUGGGAUUACCUAAAUGACAAUUCAAAACUUCCCAUCAAGUUGUCCAAUUUAGUAAAAUCAUUGUAAGCAACUACAAAGGAAGACUUAAGUAUGUUGGUCAGGCCAAUUAUGCAAGGAAUAAUUAUGCUGAAAAAUCUCUCUUCCUGUGUGCUUGUUGCAAAAUGUUUGAAUGUGUAUUGAGUCAAUUCUUAGAUUUAAAGUAUACAGUACUUCCAUUGCCUGUGAAAUGGAAGGCCAUGGUUGCUGCAUAUUAAAUAUUGGUUCCACAUAACAUUAUAAGCCUGCCUACUUAAUUACAGUUGCUUAUAGAAUCAUAGAAAGAGAUUCUUGCAAGGCUUUCAUUAUUUCUUCAGGAUAUGGCUGUUCUUCUUAACUUGAUUGAACUUUCUGCAUGUGAGGAUGGCAUGGGUAAUUGUGCUCAAAAGUAUGGUGAAUUAGAUUCUAUUUGUUACUCCUUUGAGCGUCUAAUCUGGAUUCUAUGAUUUAUCAAACCAACCUUCCUCCCUUCCUUAAUUCUCAGUACAGCCUCCAGAAUCUCCCACCCAUUAUGUUGGUUUUGGUGGUAGGGUCAUUCUGCCACUUUCCUUUUUAAUAUAAUAACUAUCUCAAGCUGUGGAAUUUAGCUUAUAAAUUCCAGAUGAGCUGUAGAUCAGAUAACACCUACCCUCUUGAACAAACCUGUUUCACUAAUCUGUACGUAGCUGUCGCAUGGGUUUACCAAAGGUUAACCAGGGACCAGUUCCUUCAUGCUAUUACAUAUGUAAAGGUAUGAUUAUAUAAAGUUAGAACCAGCAGCUGUUGUUUAUACAGAGAGAGAGAGAGUAACCAAGUCCAUUAUAUGUACCUAUUCUUCUUCCCAACAACUAAUUAACACGUUUGCUAGUUGCCUAGAUAUAACCUGAUUAAUAUUAGCCUCUCUUGAUUGCACUCUGACACCUAUGUGGAGCUAUUUGGUAGUGUAAACUGUUUCUAGCAAUAGCCUCCAUCUUGCCCACUUCUCAAGGGCAGUGGAGUGUUUUAUAUAAACACUAAGUACCUGCCUUUGCAUUUUAUAUCAUCUUCUGAUUUGGGUCAGAACAUAGAUUUUUUUUCCUUUUUAAUGUUAGCUUUCCUCUGUUUUCAUAGGAAGACCUUUGCUGAAUCAAGAUUCAAGAAAAUGGGCACAGGCUCUGGCUUUUUUUAAAAAUUGCUUUGGGAAGCUAAUAUAAUUGCACAGCCCAUAAAAGAGAAUAUAUACUAGCACUUCCUAAUAAUACAAUGCAUUUUAAAUUAAUGGUUGUAUAGCAAGUACUCUUCAGGAGGCUUUUUGAAAGAUGUAAUUGUGAGCACAACCUGUAGAGCAUGUCACCUUUAUUCAUUCCAAUGGAGGUAGGAUUGGUGGGGCCCAGUGGUUAUGGCCUUCAUUUAUGGAAGGCAUAAUCCAAUUUUUGGGUUGUAUCCUGUCCUACUGUGAAAACAUUCACUAUAUUUGCACUCAAUCAAAACCAAAUAAUUAACUGUUUAAGCAAAAACUAAGCAUCUUUUUAUUUUUAAAAUCUGAGGUUGCAUGUUAUUGUAUAUUUACCUACGUAUCUGUGCAUGUAACUUUCUAAAUCCUACUUUCUCCUAAAAGUAGGCUUAUUUUGCAUGUGGUUCUAUGCAGGAUGUGCUUGUAUAAGUGCCUUUGUGAAAAUAUUGGAGUUGGUGAUUAGUUCCUGCCUAUUCAGAGACCACACGAUACAAUGCAAACAAUGACAUUCCCUUACUAUAUGCUUACAGAGGGCUGGGUUCUAAUUGUGUUGUAUGCUUUGGUUGUUUGCUUGGUGAAAGAAAAGCUGAUACUUUUUGUAAACCUAUACAUCUUAACUGUUUAUAAUAAAUGAGGUUUUGUAAUGCA